AUGCGACCCGGCUCGAUGACGGCGAACCUUUUGCAGUGCAUGAGGGAUUCGAAUACUGCGGAUACACUACUCGACCUUCGACCGCACGGCUCCGGCGAACGUCAAUCUUUCGAAUGCGCAGAGAAAGGGUGUGGCAUCAAGGUGCUGCUCGAACCUAGCAAUUCGAGCGAGGAUCCUCGAGCAACCAUCGUACAGGCGAGCUUCGCGCACAACCACCCUCUCGUCCUCGAAGAGGACGCCAGAUAUCGCCUCGAUGCAUGGGUCCGCGAGUCUGAAGAGAAGCUUCGUCUUCGAGCACUCGAGCAGCUCAAGAAGCUGAAGAAAGGCUACGACUACCAGCUCGUCUCCGCCGUCACGAUUCCCAUCCACGAGACGUUCGCGAUGCAGACCGAGAUCCUCGACAACAUCGGCAAGAUCCUCGUUACGGGCAACGAGGCGGAUUCAGAGCGAGUCUGGUCUCUGCGAGGCGGGCGAUGCAUCGCAAAGCUGUCUGCGGCCUCGCCUCCCGCUCGCUCACCAUCUGCGACUCCACCGGCACCGCAAGGGAAGGCGAAGAAGAAGGACAAGAAGCGAGCGCCGCCAUCGCCUUCGCCCACCCCUGUGGCUGGUCCCUCAGACAAGCGCGUCAAACGCGAGGUCUCAAAGAAGCGGGAGGUCCUCGUGCUCGACGAGUCGGACGAGGAGGACGUCAAGCCUGAGGUGCGGUCGUCGCGCCAGGAACAGCAGGCCAACCAGCAGCAGCCGCCUGCCGCGCCGCCGGCCGAUGCGCCCGCUCAAAGCGACCUCGUCGCCUUCCUCACCUCCCUCCCGCCUUUCCCGUACGAACAGUACGCCCACCUCUUCUCGCGCCGCACGAUCCGCAUCGACAGUUCGCAGCAGCUGCUGAAGUUUGUGACCGCCGUGCCGCCCUGCUUCGACACCCUCAGCACGGAGCUCGGCAAGGAUGAGGUCAAGGCGGAUGGGACGAUCGAGGAGGGGAUGCCCAUGCUCUGGCGGAUGAUGCUUCAUUCGGAGUUGCUGAAGAGGGUGCAGGAAGAGCAGUAG